AACUGAAAGAUAAACAAAGAGUACAAUAGGUUUUUUAAAUAUAAAAACUUAUGAAGUUAGAUUGCAUUAAAGGUUUGUCAAGUAUUGAUGUGUCAAGUAGAGAUGAGGUUUGCUAUUAGUUUUGUGUUCUUAGCUUUAAUGCUUUGUGCGUCUGAAUCAAAGCACUGGGCUUUAAUUGUUGCUGGUUCAAAUGGUUGGUAUAACUAUCGGCAUCAGGCUGAUGUUUGCCAUGCAUAUCAAAUCUUACACAAACAUGGUAUUCCUGAUGAAAAUAUAGUUGUAAUGAUGUAUGAUGACAUUGCAAAUAAUGAAGCUAAUCCAACUCCAGGCGUCAUUAUCAACAAGCCAGGUGGCGGAGAUGUUUAUAAAGGUGUUCCAAAAGAUUACAUUGGAGAAGAUGUUACACCAGCAAACUUCUUAAAGGUUUUGAAAGGAGACAAGAAUGGUUUAAAGGGUGUUGGCAGUGGUAAAGUUAUCGAUAGCGGCCCAAAUGAUAAUGUAUUUGUCUUCUUUGCGGACCAUGGUGCUCCAAACAUUAUUGCAUUUCCUACUGAUGAGCUUCAUGCUAAAGAUCUAAAUGCUGCUAUUCAAUAUAUGCAUACCAACAAAAAGUAUCGCCAGAUGGUUAUCUAUAUUGAAGCUUGCGAGUCUGGUUCAAUGUUCAUCAAUAAAUUGCAAAAUAAUAUUAGUGUUUUUGCUACAACUGCAGCAAAUGGGGUAGAGUCUUCAUAUGCGUGCUAUUAUGAUGACGCUAGACAAACCUAUCUAGGUGAUGUUUACAGUGUAAAAUGGAUGGAGAACUCAGACAAUGCUAACUUUUUGGUUGAAACAUUAGAAGAUCAAUUCAAAGAUGUUCAAGAAGAAACAAAUACAAGUCAUGUCAUGCAGUUUGGGGAUAUGAAUGUUAGUAAAAUGACACUUGGAUUGUUCCAAGGAAAUGGUAACAGCUUUAUUCCCAAAAACGAAUAUUCUAAAAAAUCGAUUAUAACUGAUGCUGUUCCAUCUCAUGAUGUUGUUCCAAGUAUUCUUUCUCGUAUUGCCAGUGAAGGAUCAACACCAGAGAUCCGAAAUGUUGCUCAAAAAGCAUUGAAUGAAGUGAAUCAGAAACGUAUUGAAUGUUGGACUGUUAUUCGGAAAAUUGUUUCGGAACUUGUUUCUGCGUCAAAAGAAGAGGAGGUUCUAACCAAACCUGGAAAACCUAUAUAUGAAGAGUGUUAUAAACAGUCUGUUACAAAAUUUAGAGAAUAUUGUUUUAAUUUUAAUGAGUACGAACAUGCGUUAAGACAUGUGUAUGUUUUGGCUAAUUUAUGUGAUGAACGCAUACCAACUGAAAAGAUUACUCGUGUUAUUAAAACCGUGUGUCAAAAACGUAAACUUGCAUAAGAAAGCAGCAUAAAAAGUAUUUUUUACCUAUAUAUAUAUAUAUAUAUAUAUAUAUAUAUAUAUAUAUAUAUAUAUAUAUAUAUAUAUAUAUAUAUAUAUAUAUAUAUAUAUAUAUAUAUAUAAUAUAUAUAUAUAUACAUAUGUCAUAUACACACUGUUAUUAUUAUAUAAAUAAAUAUAAAAAUAGUAUAUUUUAAAAAUAGUAAACAUUGAAAAUUUUUAAAAAUGUUACAUGUAAUUUACAUUUCUGUUAAAUUUAUAAUGUAUAUUUAUGUAAUUACGUGAAAUGGAUAUGCUUUGUAUUAUAGGUAUCCUUUUUAUAUUGUUUUUAUUGA